AUGUCGUUGAAUUCGGGAGCAACUCUGCUGGAUGAGAAAACAGCACCUGAAGAAGCGUUCAAAGCUCUAUGGCACCAGACCAAUGUGGCAUCACCACGUAGACUGGGACAGCUCGUUGUGGACCGCCCUGAGCAUCGCACAAACAUGAAGCUAUGGGUUGAGCUUCUCGAAUACCGGCAACGUAUCGACGGCUUUGCUGGUAUCGAGGACGUGUGGAAGGGGAUGAGGUUUCGUGAGGUGGACCUUCCUUUGUCGGGCGACGAGGCGGAUAUCUUGUGGACAACUCUGCUUCACGCCUGCAUCACGUCGGGCCCAGGUGAUUCGGCACGAGAGUUACGAGACAGCGUGCUAGAUCAUGCAAAGAACUUGUAUCGCCGACACGGUGCUGUUUGGCCCAAGUUAUAUGCCUGCAUCGUAGGCCGUUGCCUCCGCCUCAAGCCGCAUUUGGCAUGGGUGUUCCACCACCGGCUGGCAAAUGAGUGGGACAUGUCAAGUUUUGCUCUCACUGACCUGGUCGAUGACUGUAUAGCAAGUCUUAGGCUCGGUGACGCGCGACGAGCUUUCGGCAACAUCCACAAAGCAAGUGGAAGGCGAGACUUGUAUGAUUUCUUUCUACCAGAGCUUUGCAGGCAUCUUGCUGAGCAUGAAGCCCUGCGCUGGCAUCAAGACUUCAUCAAGCUUGGCGAUGGUCCGUCUUCAGAGGUUUUUGCGCUUCCUCAUAUCCAGCGACUCUUUGAACUCGACAAGAACAAGUCCCUUCCGAUGCUUCAUCACAGAUCACGAGCAGAUUCCUUUGUACCGGUGCAACCUGGCCAUCACAACCAACCGCUCACUCGGGCCAACAUGUCUGCACUGGUAGGUGAAGUGCACGGGAUUAAGCCCAAAGAAGUGAGUGACACAUUUGUGGCGAAACUUUUCGCUACAAGGGCAUUCCCCUUGAAUCUCGUCAUCAAGGGCCUGAGCUUCUUUGGACUGGACAGACUCGGACCUCUCGCGCUUCACGAGAUGGCAUCGAAGGCGGAGACGUAUGCUGAGUUUUGCAACGGACUCAGUGAGCUAAAGUCGAUGGGGAUUGCGGUCAACACAUCGACCUACGGACGUUUGAUCGAGGAGGUUGCGAUUGAAGGGCGUUCGGACCUUUUCCAGGUUUUGAUGGCUAGCGAUCAGCAUCCGGAAGCCUUCGAUGAACCGCAAACGCAAGAGUUGCUUCUCGUUUCGUUUCUGGAGAGAGGGGACAUGCUGAGCGCUCAUCUCACUCUUCUCGCACUGUCGCUUAAUGGCCAAGCUCAACAUUCCAGGGCAUGGAACCGAAUAUUGCAGCAUUACAUCAUGGAGCGGGACUACAGGGCCGUUGACAAGACAAUGCGGCAUAUGCAGGACUCGAAGAUGCCACCAACGGUGUUUACAUUGAGCAUCAUGAACCGCCACCUCUUGCCUCGAAGAGACCCUGGCAAGGCACCUUACAAACCUAGACGCGAGGAGGCCAUUCUCAGACCGCUCCAAUUUACUACCAACGCCUAUAUGUUCGCCGCCCGGAACAAGGUACACGUCAGGCCUACACUUUGGAAGGAGCUUCUCAAGAGAUACGCUAUGGACUUCAGGUUUGACGAAUGUGAGCGUCUCGUCCACUGGCUACUUUCCUGGUACGGCAGAAACAAGUCGUCUCUUACUCGUGAAGGACGACGCGAUCACUACUUCGGUAUGAAAAUGCUCGAAACAAUCUUCCCUCCCAUGAUGCAGCAAGCCCUCAUCCACUGGGGUGUACGCUGUGCGGGCCACUCCGGGUUGUUGCGCAGAGAUGCCAGUUCCUCAACCCAACCGGCCUCAGGGCAUCACGAUGAAUGUCAACCGUGGGCUCGCGGGCUACUCCUGGUCAGGAUUCUGAAUAAGUUUGGCAUGCAAGUUUCGCUGCGUGAUAUACGGCGUGCUCUGACGAUUCGACUUCUUCCGCUGUUUGGGCCUGCCUUUUCCUGCAAGCGCAUCAACGAGGAAGCAAGACUUCGCAAUCGUCUUACCCUCGCCGAUUAUAUCAAGCACGCAAACGAAAUUUGUGAUGUGAACCUUUUCAGCGUCGAUCCCACUCUCUUGAGUGAAGAACGGCCCAAUCCGUCGAAAUUAAUGGUUGCUAUCUUCAGCGAUCGCCGUCGCAUUGGUCAGAAGAGUAAAGACUACGCCGAUAUUGCUGAAUACACUCAAGCCCUGGAGAGAGGCUAUCGAUUGCCAGCUGGCGCACGAGACUCGCAGAGAAGACAGCUAUGGCGAUACAGCCCUUUCCGCCUUAUACUCGGGCACAACCUUGACCUUGUUCUCCUCGCCCGCGAUGGGCUCGCCAAGGGUCAUAUACGUGGGAACAACGCCAAUCCACGUAUUGUUCACAACGUCCGGAUUCUGCAAAUCAAACUUCUCGUCACUCGGCCCACCCGUGCGCGUCUUCGCGGACGCCGUCUCAAUCCUCACUUUCAACACCCCCGUCGAAGUAAUCUCGUCCUUUCGCGGCGGUUUCCGGCUAUUCUCCCACCGAUCCGGAAUCGUGUUAUCCGUAAUCAGCUGCAGCGCCCACUGCACUUCCUCCGGAUCCGUCACCAAAUUCCCAUACCCAAACACGACCGCGGAGCGAUAGUUGCACGAAUUAUGAAACGGCGCCAGGGCAAGGACAUAUCCAUCGAAAAGCGUCCCACAGACAGAGAGGGGCAGUUCGCCGUGCUCGGUCAGUUUGAACAGCCGUGCAACACUGGAGCCGUGCAGGUAGACGCUGGGUUCUUCGUCGGUGGUGUAGGUUGCUAUGGCGCCUAG